AUGGCCUUACCAGGUCUGGGUGGAUGUCCCUGGGCGCCUGGACAACCACCGGCAGCAGCUGAUGGCAUUUUUGCGGCCUUGGGCUGCAAUCCUAAGCUUGGAGGAUGCCCUGCGAAUCUUCCUGUUCCAGCCCCGACCACGGCUGGCUCAAGCUGCCCAGCUGGAUCUGUGACGGUUCAAAAGGCUUCAUCUAUCGUGUUGCAAGCGGCUCCAGUGAUCAGUCGUGCACCCACGAACACCGCGGCAAAGCCUGAGAAAAGAGCAGCACUGGCCAAGUCCCAGACGGUUGGAUCGUUGUUGUCGGCUUACGACGAUGACAGCCACGAUGAAGCAGAGCCGAGCGAGCCGCCGAACGUGGAGCCGAGCGAGCCGCCGAAAGCGCCCAAAGCUGUGCCCACGGUGGAGACACGAAGUUGGUCGAAUUGGGAGGAUAUGUUGGAGCCCAGACGUCGCCACGGGAUCGUCAUGGGCAAACAGCCGGAAGAUCUCCUCACGGGCUGGCCGGAGCAGUGGGAGCUGAAGAAGACUUGGUUGGAAGAUGAUUCUCAAGAGGCCGACGGGAGGUCCGACCGACGGGGAGAUCCAUUCGGAUGGCCGGCAGAGUCACCCUGUGAGUGUGGCCAAAUCAGGGUGCCGAUCAGCCAAAUCGAAGGAUUUAUAAAAGGAGGGCGUUUUUUUUGGUAA